CCGAUUCCGGGAGGUGGGCGGCUGAUUGACAGGCGCUGAAGGCCGGACGAUGAGGUCGCCGUUGUGGCCCCGAGCGUCGGCUGCGGUGCUGCUCCUGCAGAUGCUGGCAGCGGCGGGCUUGGGAGUCAAUGAAUAUUUAUAUUUUCAAGUCCUGAGCCCUGCAGAUAUUCGCUACAUCUUUCAGACCAACCUGGCCAAAGACUUUGGGGGAAUCUUUCACACCAGAUACGAGCAGAUUUACCUGGUUCCCGCAGACCCUCCGCAAGCCUGCGGUGACCUGAACAACGGAGCUUUUAUCCAGGAUCAGAUUGCCUUGGUUGAGCGAGGGGGUUGCUCCUUUCUCUCCAAAGCCCGCAUUAUCCAGGAACACGGUGGCAGGGCAGUGAUCAUCUCGGACAAUGCUUUUGAGAAUGACAACUCCUACGUUGACAUGGUGCAGGACGGGACAAACCAGGAGAGCGAAAUCCCUGCUCUCUUCCUUCUUGGGAAGGAUGGGUAUAUGAUCCGCCGAUCGCUGGAGGUCCACGGGCUGCCUUGGGCUGUCAUCUCUAUCCCCGUCAACGUGAGUGGCGUCCCGACCUUCCACCUGAAGCAGCCACCUUGGACUCUGUGGUGAGGAGACGGCGCCUGAAGGACUUCUGGCCGGAUCAAAUGAACACUUUGUGAUGCUCGUGGUUUGGUGUUGUACUAAAUCAUCUCCUCACUGGAUUCCACACCCUGACCCCCUCAGCCUCUUCCCGCAGGUUCCAGAGUGAUGCUGCUGCCCAGUCAGUGGAGGAACUCAGUAGGUCAGGCAGCAUCUGUGGAGGGAGAUAAACAAUUUACAUUUUGGGCCAAGACCCUUUAUCGGGACUGGAAAGGAACUAGAAUAAGGAGGUGGGUGUACCAACUGGCAGGUAAUAUGUGAGACUGGGUGGGUGGGGUGGGAUGAAGUGAGAAGGUGGGAGGGGUACAAGCUGGCAGGUGAUUGGUGAGACCAGGUGACUGACUGGGUGGGAUGAAGUGAGAAGGUGGGGGAAGGUUAUGGUGAGAAAGGUAAAGGGCUGGAGAAGGAGGAAUCUGAUAGGAGAGGAGAGUGGACCAUGGGAGAAAGGGAACCAGAAUGGGAAAUGGAAAAAGAGAGAAGGGAGAGUUGGGAGAAAUUACCAGAAGUUCGAGUCAUCGAUGUUCUUGCCGUCAGGUUGAAGGCCAGCCAGAAGGAAUUGUUCCCCCAGCCCGAGAGUGAGCUCAUUGUGACAGUAGAGCAGGCCGUGGACUGACAUGUCAGACUGGGAAUUAGGAUUGGAAUUAAAAUGGUUGACCACAGGGAAAUCCUCCCUGACACUGACGGAGUGAAAGCGAUUAACACCAAGCUGCGUCAGGUCUCUCCGGUCUAGAGCAGGCUGAACUGGGAGUGCAGAUACAGUGGGUGACCCCUGACAGACUCAUAGGUGUUAGAGGAGGAGUCCAUGAAAGAAAGGGAAAUUGCGAACCAGAGGAAGGUGAUGGGUAGUUUGGGGGGGGGGGGGUGAGAUGGGAAUCAGAAUGGGGAAUUGAAAAGAGAGAAGCUGGGGGGGUGGGAAGAAAUUACUGGAAGUUAAGGAUUCUGUGGUGGUGAUGGAGGGACAGGGGUAGUCCUUAUCCCAUUUGCCGGGGAAAGUGACAGGAGCAAUGAGUGGACAAGGGAGACGUGGAUCGAGGGGAAUAUGAGGUAAAGAAGCGUUUUAUGGUAGGAUCCCAUUGGAGAGGGCGGACGUUAUGGAGAAUGAUGUGCUGGAUGUGGAGGGUCAUGGGGUGGUAGGUUAGGGACAGUGAGGACUCUAUCCUGUUAAGGUAGCACCUCUGACCCAUGGGUUGAGCCGACAAUGGAAGCUCUUGUGACCUAGGGGAAGUAGGACUGCUCAUCCCUGCAGAGCUGGCUCCGCAAAUAGCCAUGGGGAGCUAUGGAGAGGCAGGCAGGGUGAGGGGCAGUACCACCCCUGAUAGGAGCACUUCCUUACCUGCCCAGUAACUCCCGUUCAAUCUCCACCAACAAUGCUGUCCUUGAAACAGCGUGGACUUCCCCUGGUUCCUUCCCACAGCCCACGAUAUGUGGGUGUGUAGGUUAAUUGGCUGCUGCGUGGAUGAGAUGGGGAGAAUGAAGGGGGAAUCUGGUUGAAGCUCAGUGUGGGCUCAAUGGGCUGAAAGGGUCUAACGUUCAAAUCCAGCACGACAGCUGAGGAAGUUCAACUUCACAUGAACAAGGAAUUUCAUUGCACCUGGCUGCAUCUGACAAUAAAUCAAACAAAUAAAUACAUCUUUGCGUUAAAAUGAAAGCCAAUCUUGACCAAUAGAUGGUAGAAAAACAAUGGGUUAUAUGGGAGGGGUUAGACUGAGCUUGGACUGGACAACCUUGUGGGCUGAUGUGAGAGCAAAUGUUUCUUUGUAGGGUGGUGGGUGUGUGACAGACAGACAGACAGACUUUAUUGAUCCCGAGGGAAAUUGGGUUUCGUUACAGCCGCGCCAACCAAGAAUAGUUUAGAAAUAUAGCAAUAUAAAACCAUAAAUAAUUAAAUAAUAUUAAGUUAAUCAUGCCUGAUGGAAAUAAGUCCAGGACCAGCCUAUUGGCUCAGGGUGUCUGACACUCCGAGGGAGGAGUUGUAAAGUUUGAUGGCCACAGGCAGGAAUGACUUCCUAUGGCGCUCAGUGUUACAUCUCAGUGGAAUGAGUCUCUGACUGAAUGUACUCCUGUGCCUAACCAGUACAUUAUGGAGUGGAUGGGAGUCAUUGUCCAAGAUGGCAUGCAACUUGGACAGCAUCCUCUUUUCAGGCACCACCAUUAGAGAUUCCAGUAUCACCCUACAACAUUACUGGCCUUACGAAUGAGUUUGUUGAUUCUAUUGAUGUCUGCUACCCUCAGCCUGCUGCCCCAGCACACAUGAUAGCACUGGCCACCACAGACUUGUAGAACAUCCUCAGCAUCGUCCGGCAGAUGUUAAAGGACCUCAGUCUCCUCAGGAAACAGAGACGGCUCUGACCCUUCUUGUAGACAGCCUCAGUGUUCUUUGACCAGUCCAGUUUAUUGUCAAUUCAUAUCCCCAGGUAUUUGUAAUCCUCCACCAUGUCCACACUGACCCCUUGGAUGGAAACAGGGGUCACCGGUGCCUUAGCCCUCCUCAGGUCCACCACCAGCUCCUUAGUCUUUUUCACAUUAAGCUGCAGAUGAUUCUGCUCGCACCAUGUGACAAAGUUUCCCACCGUAGCCCUGUACUCAGCCUCAUCUCCCUUGCUGAUGCAUCUGACUAUGGCAGAGUCAUCAGAAAACUUCUGAAGAUGGCAAGACUCUGUGUUGUAGUUGAGGUCCAAGGUGUAGAUGGUGAAGAGAAAGGGAGACAGGACAGUCCCCUGUGGAGCCCCAAUGCUGCUGACCACUCUGUCUGACACACAGUGUUGCAAGCGUGGUCUGCCAGUCAGGUAAUCAAUAAUCCAUAACACCAGGGAAGCAUCCACCUGUAUCACUGUCAGCUUCUCACCUAGCAGAGCGGGGUGGAUGGUGUUGAACGCACUGGAGAAGUCAAAAAACAUGACCCUCACAGUGCUCACCGCCUUGUCCAGGUAAAUGAUGGCAUCCUCAACUCCUAGUUGGGGCUGAUAGGCGAACUGGAAGGGGUCUAAGUGUAGCCUAACCAUAGGCCGGAGCUGCUCUAGAACAAAUCUCUCCAGGGUCUUCAUGAUGUGGGAGGUCAAUGCCACUGGGGCGCGGUGUCUUUGGUACAGGGACGAGGCAGGACGUCUUCCACAGCACGGGAACCCUCUGGAGACUCAGGCUCAGGCUGAAGACGUGAUGAAGUACUCCACACAGCUGGGGGGCUCAGGCUUUGAGCACCCUGGGGCUGACACCGGACACUUCCGGGACUGCUGGUAGUGACAGAUACAUUAUGGACAUUGAAGAAAUUCUUAGAAAUGCAAAUGCAUGAUAGAAAAAGUAGAUGGGUAAAUGAGAGGGAAAGGUUAGUUUGAUCUCAGAGUAGGUUAAAAGGUCGGUACUGUUACAUAUGCGUGGAGCAGAAUGACGAGAGUUGUAUGAUUAAACAUUUUUAUUGAGCCAUGUUGGCCAUGGUACACACUGAAGAACUUUGUGAAGGAGUGAUGAACUGGCCCCACUGAGAUGAAAAUCAUGCACGCUUGAAAUUCCACGCAAGAGAGGGGCCUUUUGUGCAUAGGAGGCCCAGUUGAUUAACUGUGUGAUCAAUUGGCCACAUACAGCAUUGUUCUGAGAUGGUUCAGGCACAACGUGGUCUGUACUGUUGUGUUCCAUAUCAUCGAUCGUCACCUGCUUUAGACUCUCCUCUGGUCUACUGGUGGCUUCAGGAGAAACCUUCCAACCCAGUCUGGGUUAGAUGUAGAACUAGGCCAUUCAGCCCACCAAGUCUGCUCUCCCAUUCCAUCAUGGCUGAUUUAUUUUCCCUCUCAACCUCAUCCUCCUGCCUUCUCCCAGUAAUCAAGAACAUCAAUCUCUGCUUUAAAUAUACUCAGUGACUUGGCCUUCACUGUCGCCUGUGGCAUUGAGUUUCAGAUUCACCACCCUCUAGCUACAGAAAUUCCUCAUCUCAAUGCUAAACAGGCACCCCUCCCCUCUGGUCCUAGACUCCCCCCGAAAGGAAAUAUCCUCUCCACACUCAAUCUAUCUAGGCCUUUUAAUAUGCAAAUCUUAGAUCUCCCCCUACCCCCAUUCUUGUAAACUUCAGUGAUAGGAAGAGUUUUGGGGGUGAGAGAGAGAGUGCAUGUGCAGGGGGGGAGGAGGGUGGGAGGGAGAGAACCCUUUAUCGAGUGAACUAGGUGCACAUCACUAGUUUGGGACAAUGAUUGAUAUCGUCUGCUGCUUUAUCACUAACCUAGUGAUGGUCCAACUAAUCAACGCUAUGUCUGUCGUAAUCAAUGUGUUUAUAUAGAGUCUCUUUCUCUCCACUUUAUGUAACAUAAAAAUAUUCAAUUUUC